AUGUCGGAAGACUCUGUCACCUUAGGCAAGCGCAAGGAAAGAAAUGUAGAUGAAGACAGGCCGGUUGGGUCCACGCUUUUCGUCUCAAACCUCCCGUACUCCAUAACAUCGACGGACUUGAAAACACUGUUCUCUGACUAUGCGCCCGUGCGGUCGGCGUUCGUGGUACUGGAGAACAACGUCUCGAAGGGUGUCGGAUAUGUCUCGUUUGCAAUCAAGGAAGAUGCAGCAACAACUUUGGAGACCAUUGAAAACGACGGGCUGGAAUUAAAUGGCCGAAAGCUUCGAGUGCAAAUGGCAGACCGUAAGUCCAAGGAUGGCUCGGACAAAAAGGUCAAGAGCGAGCGCCAUACACCAGUAGUUGCCCAUGCCCAUGCCCCUCGUACAAAACUUGAGAAAGAUCCGGAUGCUAUUCGGACAAUCGUCAUCUCGGGACUGCCAUCCUCAAUCGACAAGAAGACGCUUUGGAAGAAAGUGCGAAAGCUUGAGGGUGCUGAGAACGUAGAACUUGUUGAAGAAUCCGGCAUAGCUCAUGCCCGCUUUUCGACCCCUUCGAACGCCUCACAUGCUGUUGAGAAACUGCAUGCUCAUGUCUUUAAGGGCAUUAUUCUUUCCGUGACUUUGAAGAAGCGCCUCGAAAACUUGACGAAGACAACUCUCAAGCUGGAAAAUAACGACAAGUCCGUCACGCCAAGUCGAGCAAGCAGACUGAUUGUACGCAAUGUACCUUGGAAUAUCAGCGAGAACGAUCUUCGUUCACUUUUUUUGCCAUUCGGACCUGUCUAUUCCAUCGACAUACCCAUGGACAAAACGACGAAUUGUGAGGAUUCGAAGAGCGAAAGCACCAAGACGCGCGCGAAGGGUUUUGCAUUCGUAUGGUUCUUCUCGAAAAAAGAUGCAGAGCACGCGAUAGCUGGUGUCAAUGGUCGUGCAGUCGAAGCCGGUUCAAUUGUUGCUCCAACAAUGAACAAAAAGGAGCGCCAAAGGUUACGAAGAGAACUCCGGAAGAAGAAAUCUGAAGCAGGAGAUAGGGAAACUGCUGAAGGUGGCGAUAAAUCAGAUGUCGAUGACCAAAGAGAAGAUGACGUGGACAAAGGCAUUGAAACACACGGGUCAGCGCGAAUACUAGCUGUUGACUGGGCUCUGAGCAAAUCCAAGUGGGAAGAAGCAAAAGCAAAAGUGUUGAGCGAUCAAUCCAAAGAGACUGCUGACGAUAACGAAGGACUGGACUCGGAAUUAUCAGAUGAGGACGAGAUCAGUGGAGAAACAGCUGAUAGUGAUGAAGGUGGCAAUGAGGACGAUGAGGAUGAACGUUCCGAAGCGGAAGUGGCAAUUAAACCAAUACUUCCCCAAACAGACGUCGGCACAACAAUAUUCGUGCGUAAUGUACCUUUUGAUGCCACAGAGGACGAGCUUCGUAUCUUGUUUCGUGCAUUUGGGCCUUUACGCUAUGCGCGUAUUACUAUGGACUCGGAUACAGGCCGCUCACGUGGGACAGGUUUCGUCUGCUUCUGGAACAAGGAGGACGCGGACAAGGCAAUUCACCAGAGCGAACUGCUCAGUCGCGAGACUGGUACUGCCUCCCCGAAGAAGAACCCGUUUUCAUUACCCUCACUACUCACACCAGAUCCUUCGUCAUCGUUAGCGCAGUCACUUGUUUUACAUGGACGUACUCUAGAUGUCUCUAGAGCAGUAACUCGUGAUGCAGCAGUGCGGUUGAAGGACGAGGGAGAACGACAACGGGAGAAAGCGGACAAGCGGAAUCUAUACCUUCUCCGCGAGGGUGUCAUAUUCCCUGGCACACCCGCCGAGGCAACUUUAGGCCCUGGUGAGAUUGAGAAGCGCACUGCGUCAUACAAUGCCCGUCGGGCACUGUUGAAAUCAAAUCCGUCUCUUUAUGUGUCGAAAACACGUCUAUCGAUACGCCAAUUGCCAUUGUUUGUCUCCGAGCGUGCUCUCAAACGCCUUGGUAUCCACGCAAUGCGAGCUUUUGAGGAAGAGGUCAAGCAAGGAGAACGCCAGCCUUUGUCCGCUGACGAGCUACGUGCGGAAGAGGAUAUUCACGCCCAAAACGAAGGCAGUGAAAUAUGUACCGAAAAUAAAGUGAAUAGACGUAAAGCAAAGAAGGGGGAAAGGGACACGGGUAUUAAGCAGGCCAAGGUCGUGAGGCAGUCAGAUCGUGUCGACGCUUUGACAGGUAAAGGCCGGAGUCGAGGCUAUGGCUUUUUGGAAACGAAUGAACAUAGUGACGCACUCCGUGUAUUGAGAUGGGCAAACAACAACCCGUUGGUGGGUCCACUCAUGGAAGGCUGGUGGAAGAGCGAGGUAGAGGACCUCAUAAAAACUCUUGAGAGAUCCAUGCCGAAAGAUGACGAUGAGCGCGAGAACGUUGAAGCGCGUGUACGCCGUCUGAAGAAUGAACUUGAACAGUUGAAGUCUGGCGAACGUCGCAAAGGCAGGAAAACGCUGAUUGUGGAAUUCUCCAUUGAAAAUGCUCAGGUAGUGAAUAGACGUAAGGACAAGAUGGAGGGCGAGAAAUCGGCAACGAAGCGGACGCGCUCUGCGCCCGACAAUGAACUUGAUGAGGAUCACAAUUCUGCAGACAUGAGACCAUCUAAAAGGCAGAAGGUGGAGAAGCGCUCAGGGUCCACAAGGACAUCGAAUGCGGAGGGCGAGAAGACAACCGGAAAAGAUGCCAGGCCAAAAAAUGCGAUUAGGAGCAUCAUUGGUCGUAAAAGGAAGAUGCGAAAGACAAAAGCAAAGGCCUAA